AUGCCAUUCGAGAAUAAACAAAAGAAGCGCAAGGCCGCGGCCAGCGCGCCCUCGCCCACUGCCAAAAAGGCGAAACCCUCAUCCUCUACCGUCCCCGUUGUCGCCGCGGCCCCCAAACCGGCAAUAAGAGUCUCCAAGCGCAACAAGGCUGCCGACUUCAUGUCCGAUGGCGAAGAGUCUGAAGAUGGCGGCUGGGAUGCGCUCGAGGACAAGAAAGGCAAGAAGGACAAGAAGAGCACCAAGGCGGCCGCUCCUGCUACCGUGAAAGAGAAGAAAGAGAAGAAAGAGAAGAAGGGAAAGAAGAAGGAUGAGGCCGCCGUCCCACCCCCUGUAGAGGAGAAGAAGGUGGAGGAGCCAAAGGCAAAGAAGGACAAGAAGAAGAAGGAUGAGGAGGAGAAGUCAAAUGAGGAGGAAAUUAUCUCCCUUGACGUUGACUAUCCAGACUCUGGGCCAGCAGAGGGAUAUGACAGCGCGGAUGACAGCGCAGAGGAGGAGAUUGACGACCAGACUGCGAAACUCUUGCAAGGGUUCGAGAGCUCCGAUGAGGAGAUGGAAGACGGGGAUGACGCACAGAAGGAAGUGAGUGAGGCUGAUAAGUCAAAGUUCGCGGAUGCGAAGAUUCCGGGUGGGAAGAAAAUGCAGAAGAAGAUGGCCGCGCUCCAGGCCAAUGAAAAGUCCGUUCCAGGUGUUGUUUACCUCGGCCGCAUUCCCCACGGUUUCUACGAAAACGAAAUGCGCUCCUACUUCUCUCAAUUCGGCAAAGUCACCCGCCUGCGCCUCUCCCGCAACAGGAAGACCGGCCACAGCAAGCACUACGCCUUCAUCGAGUUCGCGGACGCCGAGACCGCUAAAGUCGUCGAGGAGACCAUGAACAACUACCUCCUCUUUGGCCACAUCCUCAAGUGCAAGCGCGUCCCUAUGGACGACAAGGACUUCAUCGAGCUGCUGUUCAAGGGCGCAAACAAGAAGUUCAAGCCCCAUUCAGGCAUGAAGGCGCACAAGGCAAGACACGAGAGGAAACACACAAUCGAAGGGUGGAAGGAGAGGGAAGAGAGGGAGAGGAAAAAGAGAAGGAGUAUCACCAAGGGCUUGAAGAACCUCGGAAUCGACUACGAGUUCGAAGCCCCAAUUGUCACUCCGGAAUUCGUGAAGGCCAUUGAGGCUGCAGAACCCGCGAAGGCCAUUGAAGCGGCUAAGCCGGCUGCUGAGGCUACCCAAGACGCUGUUGCCGAGAAGAAGGCUGCUCCCGAGAAAAAGACCGCCGAGAAGAAGACCGCCGAGAAGAAGACCACCGAGAAGAAGACUGCCGAGAAGAAGGCUGCCCCCGAGAAAACUGGCGAUACCCCCGAGAAGAAGAAGAGGAGGAGAGUCUCCAAGAAAGCCGCUGCCGAGAGGGAUGCCGCUGCGCAGAAGGAUGCUGCGGAGAAAUCCGCUACUGAGACUGCCGCAGUUGUUAAGACCGCCGCGGUUGUUGAGGCAGCUGUAGAGAGGGCUGUUGAAUUCGUUGAGGCCUUGGCAGAGGCAGGAGACGGGAUUGAGGAGAUGGAGGUCGAUGUGGUCGUCAAGAAGGGAAAGAAAGCCAAGGCCGCUGCUCCCGAGAAGAAGACAGCCGAGAAGAAGACCGCCGAGAAGAAGGCCGCCCCCAAGAAGAAGGCUACCAAGGAGGCCGCUGCUCCCGAGGAGGCGGCUGUUGUCGAAGAGGUAGCCGCUCCCGAGAGGAAGAGUAAGAGAGGCGCCGAGAAGAAGGCCGCUGCGGAGAAGGCUGCUUCCGAGGAGGCGGAGAAGGCUGCGGAGAAGGCUGCGGAGAAGGCUGAGAAGGCUGCGGAGAAGGCUGUGGAGAAGGCCGCAGAGAAGGUUGAGAAGGUCAAGAAGCCAGCCAAAAAGUCAGCCAAAAAGUCAAAGGCGUAA